AUGUCGAAGUUGAGGAAUCAAAACCCAAGAUCAGAACAGGAACAGGAACAGGAACAGGAACAAAGCCCUCUGCUUAUCGCAGAUCAAACCCACCAACACCAACAGCAAGAAAAUCAAGAACAUCGCGGUGAAGAUGAUCAUGACACCCAUUUGGAUAAAACCCUUCAACGCUUAGACUCAUUACUCACUCUGCUGGGCUUCAACCAAUCCUCUGUUUUCAGCUUUGGGCUUUCUUGUGUCGUGUUUCUGCUGAUUGGGGUGUCUCUUCCUGUCGUUGUACUUGUGUUAUCCGAUUGCUCGAAUUGUGAAGAGUAUCAAAUUAAAGCAUUUGAGAUAGAUGUUGUUGUUUCACAGGCUUUUUUGGCUGCUGCGUCUCUGCUUUGCCUUUCACACAAUCUGCGAAAGUAUGGUAUCAGGAAAUUUCUAUUUGUCGAUCGGUACAGUGGCCAUGUUGAGCGGUUUGCUAACGAAUACAAUCAGAAAAUUUGUGUGAGUUGUAUUGAAUACUCUUUAUUUUCCCCCUAUUGGAAAGAAACACAAUGUAUAAGACAUGAUGUUUUGGAGAUGGUGUCUGGGGAGUACUCACAGGAUUCUGUCCGCUUACUUGUAUUGUGGAUAGUGCCUUGUUUCAUUAUGAAGACUGCACGCGAAAUCAUCCGCAUGCUCUAUGUACAGCAUGAGUCUUGGUGGCAUUCUGUUGCUAUUUUACUGGCUUUGGUUGUGUCAUGGACUUAUGUUACUGCAAUCUUUCUAUCAGCUUGCAUAUUGUUCCAUUUGGUUUGCAAUUUGCAAAUUAUCCACUUUGAUGACUACGGGAAGCUUUUGGAAAGAGAAUCUGAUGUUUUGGUACUUAUUCAAGAGCAUGUUCGUCUGCGGUAUUAUCUCUCGAAAAUAAGCCACAGAUUCCGUAUUUAUCUUCUUCUGGAGUUCUUGAUUGUCACGACAAGCCUGUUUGUGAUUCUAUUUCAAACAACGGUAUAUGUAGGACCUAUUACUUACAUAAAUGGUGGUGAUUUUGUGGUCUCCUCUGUUGUUCAGGUUGUGGGGAUACUUCUUUGCCUGAAUGCUGCUGCAAAAAUUUCCCAUAGAGCCCAAGGCAUUGCAUCACUAGCAAGCAGAUGGCAUGCAUUUGUAACAUGCAGCUCCAGUGAUACAUCUCAGUUGUUAGCUUCACAUAGUAUGGAAAACAUGGAGGCUUUGUUGCAUAUGAACAACUCUGAAAAUGAUUUGGAGUCUUUAAAUUUCGCAGCAGUGCCUACGAAUACACAAUUGGCUUCUUAUAUGUCGUCAUACCACAAGAGACAAGCCCUGGUGAUGUAUUUGCAGACCAAUCCUGGGGGAAUAACGAUAUUCGGAUGGACGGUCGAUCGAGGUCUAAUAAAUACAAUCUUCUUCAUUGAACUCUCACUGGUUCUAUUUGUGUUCGGGAAAACUGUAGUUUUUGCUUCAGAAUGA